GAUAACACAACACAAUUCUGCUAAAGUCUAAAAUAAAAUGUAUUUUAUGUAAAUUUUUAUUUUUAUUAUUAUUAUUUUUUUCUUUUUCAGAGAUAUACCCCGCACUUUUAAGUAUUUUCGAGUAUUGCGCGACAGUCUCAGUGUGUUUGUUGAAUCCUGCAGGCGUGUGUUUUAACAGCACUUCGACUGUAGAUGGCCAGCGCUCUUCUUGCACAAGGGAGUGACACCCAAACACAAUGGGAAAACAGAGGAAACAUUAACAAGAGCUGGAUAUUUUAAGUGCAUGCCAGUGAGGUAGUGAGAAUCGAUUGCCAAUGUGAAAAUGUAUGUGAAUCUCCAGCAGCAGGCAGGGCAUUAGUUGUGUAUUGUCAUUAGUGGUGUAUUGCAAAAGAUUUCAUAUUGAGAGGAAUCCCAUCUGUCCUCACAAUGGACUUCCCUUUCGACUUGAAUGCGCUUUUCCCCGAGAGAAUUUCAGUGCUGGAUAACAACUUGACUGCAGGGCGGAAAGCGCAUGGGAGACCAGAUCCUCAGCUUCAGAUCGCCACGGUUAUAGAUGAGCUGGGCAAAGCCUCCGCUAAGGCCCAGCAGCUGCCUGCACCUAUAACCAGUGCUGCAAAGCUCCAGGCCAACAGACACCAUGUCUACCUCUUAAAAGAUGGGGAGCAGAAUGGUGGGAGGGGUGUUGUAGUUGGAUUUCUGAAGGUUGGCUACAAGAAGCUCUUUUUACUUGACCAGCGGGGGGCGCAUUUAGAAACAGAGCCUUUGUGUGUGCUGGAUUUCUAUGUGACAGAGACCCUGCAGAGACAUGGCUAUGGGCUCGAGCUCUUCGACUUCAUGUUGAAGCACAAACGAGUGGAGCCUGAGCAGAUGGCCUAUGAUAGACCUUCUCCUAAAUUCCUGUCCUUUCUAGAAAAACACUAUGAUCUCAGAAACAGUGUGCCUCAGGUGAAUAAUUUUGUGGUGUUUGGUGGCUUCUUCAAGAGUAGAUCAGAACAACCUCCCAUAGUCUCAGUGCUUGCAAGGAGAGCAUUGGAUAGGAAUUCCUCUUCUUUUGAUUCUUCUUCAAUUUCUGAAAUUAAAGCGGUCCAAUUGAGAAAGGUUCCCCCAAAAAAGCCAGAGGGAGAGAUCAAACCAUAUUCACUAAUGGAAAGAGAAGUGGUACGGGAGGAGCAGAGGGCUCUCCCCUGGCCUUUUGUUCACCCCGCGGGUCCCCCCCACUCUCCCCCUCUGCUUCCAUCAUCUCCGCAAUCCCGUUCGCUCAGUGUGGGAUCCUCCCCCAGCCGGGCCCCUCUCCGCUCUGCCACAGGCCCCGGGCUCCAGCAGGGUCAGACCACCUCUUCCCAGCUCAGUGACAACUACAGGGCAAAACGCACCAGCCAUCAGGGUCUGGUUGCCAGGAGCACCCUCUAUAGUCGCCAUAUCAACAGCCGAGACCUCGGGCAAUUAUUGGCAGAACAGCAGAGCACCUUGAAGCUGCCAGCUGUCGUGUGUGCUUCCUUAGGGCUGAAACCAGAGCUCUGUGAGAGAGUGUGUGACACAGGCACAAAGGCAGAUGCAGUGGAACACAAAAACACAUCAGAAAGGCCGCAACUUCAAGGCAAGGUUGUCUCUCUUCCAAAACCUGCUGGCCCCAAGAAAGAUCAUCAGCAGGGCCAGACCUCCAUAGCACCCUUGGAACAAAAGGAAGAGCUAAGCAGUGACCUUAAGACCAAAGCAUCAGAGAACAGCCUCGGGAUUGGCAGGGAGCUCAGAGCUGGACUGGAGGACAGGAAGAAAGACGGAACAGCUGAGAUUGAGAGAGGCAGAGGAAGAGGCGGAUGGUCAUGGACGGUUGGGGAGAGUCGUUAUACGGCCCAGUGGGUGCGACAGAAGCAAGAAUAUCGCAGCACACGGCCCUGGUGAUGGGACAUUUUAGAGGGAUGAGAUGUUGAGGAAAAAAAGGAACUGUUGAAAAAGAAUGAAAAGGGAGCUUGUAUUGAGAAUAAAGGGGAGAGAGACAAAUAAUUUUAUUAAAGCACAAAGUGAAAAAAGCCCUUUAGUUUCGCUGUGAAGUACUUCAAAUAAUGACAGCAGCAGCAGCGAUGUGAGCUCUAUUAGACUUGAGGUUGUCAGACUUUCACUUUUUCAAAUGUUCAAAGAGUCUUAUUUAUUUUUAGCUAUUAAUUUUAUGCCUGCACUUUUAUAAUCACAAUUUUAUCAUCUGAUGAUGUUCUUUUUUCAGAAACAGCUCAAUUAAUGUACAGAGAUUUUUUUAUGGACUACUACAUUAAACAAAUGGCUGAAAAUAUCACUGCUGUAAAAUAUCAUAAAUAUUUUUACUGUCAUACUUUUACAGUCAAAAUUAAUAAUCGUUCUUGCACACAGAUCAGUCUAAUACAUUAUUCCAUUGGUAAGAUCGUUUAAAUGAAUCAAUAAACAACUUGACUAAAUCCUUGGAAUACACUGAACAAGGAC